GCAUGGCCGCAGCGAGACGAACCCCCCCCGUGCGGCACCGCCACCGCGCUCCCCCCGGCCUCGUCCGACAGCGACUCCGGCUGUGCCCUGGAAGAGUACCCGGAGCCCCCUGCAGAGCCCGCGCCCCCCGAGGUCCCCGCCUGCUUCGAGAGUCGCCCCACGGAUCAACCCCGUCCUGCCGACCGGAGCCUGCUCCGUGUCAGAGCCCUCCUGCAGCAGCUGCCGCCUCAGGACUGCGAUGAGCGGUACUGCCCCGACCUCGAGGAGGAGGAGAGGAAGCAGCUCAAGGCGUUCAGUGCCCGCCGCCGACGGGACGCGCUGGGCCAGGGGGUGGCAGUGCAGGUGCCGGGCGCCCGCCACGGCUGUCCGUGCAGGAAGUGCGGCAGGAGGCUGAGCAAAGGAGACCCCGGGAUUGCGGCGUCACGGCUGGGAGAGCAGCUCUGGCACCCGCCCUGCUUCUGCUGCCACGUCUGCCACCAGCCCCUAGUGGACCUCAUCUACUUCCAGCAGGAUGGAAGGAUCUACUGCGGUCGGCACCACGCUGAGCUCUUCCGGCCUCGCUGUGCCUCCUGUGACCAGCUGAUCUUCUUGGAAGAGUGCAUCGAGGCUGAGGGCCGGCGCUGGCACCCGGAGCACUUCUGCUGCCUGGAGUGCGACGCACCGCUGUGCGGGCAGCGCUACGUGAUGCGGAGCGGCAGGCCCUGCUGCCGCAGCUGCUUCGACAGCCUCUUUGCUGAGCCGUGCCAGGCCUGCGGGGAGCCCAUCGGUGUUGACAGUGAAGAGGCCACACACCAGGGUCUGCACUGGCACGCCUGCGCCGCCUGCUUCUGCUGCAGUCUCUGCCGAAAGCCGCUGCGUGGGCAGCCCCUCACCGCCCGCUGCGGGCGGCUCUUCUGCUCCGAGAGCUGCAGUCUGGGCCGGGAUGUGUCCUCUGCUGCCUCCACCACCUCCGAUUCCUCUGACUCGGCCUUUGUCUCCGCACCGUCCCCUGACUCGACGCCCAUCUCUAGAGCCAGCCAUGCCACCAGGGCUGGGAGCACUGCGGCAGCUGGGGGCUGCAGACAGCGGGUGGAAGGGGCUGAGAUGCUACCGGAUCAGGCCUCUACACAUCCUGCGUUCAGGAGCCCAGAGCACCACGGAACAGCUGUGGAGAGGAGCAAGGGUUCUGUGUGCACAGGGAUGCUGGGAUCGUCAGCCAGCCACUCCUCCAACCUUCAACCCUGCACAGAGGGUCCCUGCAGGCUUCUGGGAGGUCCUGAACCCCGAAUACCGGCAGGGGAUGGAAACCCACACUUCCAAGUGGGUCUGCCCCCUGCCCGACCCAGCCCACAUCUGGAGGACAUUGACCCACAGGAUAUCAUGGAAGAGGAUGAUUCCUGGUGUCCCACCUGCUCUUCAUCCUCAGACUCUGACUCUGAAGAGGAGGGUUUCUUCUUUGGGAAACCCAUCCCCAAGCCCGGGAUGAGCUCUGUGGGCAGGGAUCCCCAGCGCCUGGAGCGGGCGGAGUGCAGGAUGGCAAAGCUGCGGGGCAGCAGCAAGCACUGCAGCGUGUCCUAGCGCAGGGACACUCGGCACGCAGGGGUCCCCAGGUGCUGCAGAGGCUGCGGGGCAAGGUGGCACUUUGCGUGGUAUUUAAGCAGAGGGGCAGCAGCUGGGUGCCGAAUGCACCGGUGGGGGGGGAGAGUGCCCUUAUGGCACUGCCAUCCUGCCAGCACUUGCAGUGGUCUCAAUGCAUUCCAAAGACCUUUUAGACACAGCCCAAGGCAGAGGUGGUGGGGGGGAGGGAGAAGCUGCUGGGAUCUUUCAGCAGCAGCUGCUGGCAAAGCACAGCCUGCAAUUCCUGCUGGCCUCUCCCUCAAUUAGGAACAGGUAAAGUGAGCAGGGAGCAGAGAACAAGCAGCCCGCACUGGGGUAUGGUCUCUGCUGUCUCAGACAAGCCCAAAGCCCCAGAGAGCAGCUGCGGUCUGGGGAGGGGCAGCCAAGGAUGUAGGACAUGGGCAGACACCUGCAUAGCACCUGCUGCAGGGAUUCCUGCCCAGACUGGCCACGAGAGAUCCGGCCACCAAGGUCAGAUCCAGAUGCCAGGUGAGAAUUCCUCACCUAUAGAGACAUCUUGAAGGACAAGAGCUGAUGCUGCCCCACGUGGGGCUGCGUCCCCCGCCACUGCAGGGAGGAGACCAGCGGGGCAGCUCUGCCACCAUGAUGGACAGUGCUCCAAUAAAGCUCGGCUGAGACCUGUAUACAGAAGAGCCAACCAGGCCUGGCCUGUUUCUCUCCAGCGCGGGUUUGCAGCAGCAUUAACUGUGCUGCUGGAGAACCGUUUUUGAUGGGAGCUGUGGAGCCCCAGGGAAGGACUGUGGGACCCCUCCCUGUGCAUGCUGCCCCAGCAGAACAGGAAUGGAGCAAAGGCUACACCAGGGCUGCGGAAAUAACUCCUUUUUAUUUAUGAAAACAAGAACAAGCCAUGAAUUUUAAGAGAACAUGUAUUAAAAACAGGAACAGAAUAAAGAGAAGGGGAGGUCCCUCCCCACACUCGCUCUCCCUCCCCCCUCCCCCCUCCCUCCAAUAAAACAAUCUCUUUCUGUCACUAAAAUACAGGCUUACAUAUGAAUCCUAUCUUGCCCACAGUCCCUAGUUAUGGCCUACAACAUCAGACCCAACCACCCUCCAAACUAAGCCCCCUCCAACCAACCCCCAUCUCCAAGAGGGACCGCAGCAGCACAUCCCUACAGCCCCGGUGCAGGCUGUGCCAGCACAGCCCCACAGCUCCCCGCUCAGCAGCUGGGGUGCGUCGCAUCGUACUGCUGGAU